AUGCCAAAGUCAACAUCAGGGACUAUCACGGGAAGAUGGCGGCUCACUACUGGAACGGCAGCAAGGAUGUUUUCGCCGAACACAAAGCUCAAUCUGGCACCUGGCAGCUGGCCGAGGGGAAGGCGGAGCCAGAGCUACAUGCAGCUGUCGGUUCUGCUGUCUCGCUCUCAGAGUAA